CCAUCCCUCGCCCCUCGCCCCUCGCCCCCGCCGCCCGCCCGCUCCAUUUUUUCGCUCCUCUCCACCGCGGGCCGCGUCUCGGAAUAAAACCUCCUACUACUAACCCCACCAUUCCUUCUCCCCUCUCCUCUCCUGCUUCUCUCGCCCGCGCCGCCGCUCCCGCGGGGCGAACCGGGGGAAAGGCGGCCGUCUCGCGUCGGCGAGAUUUCUGUUUUACAAGGUUGGUGGUGAAGAUUUUGCUAUCCACUUAGCCGACCAGAGUGAAUUUGGAAGUUGCAAUGGGUGAAAACGCUCAAGGUAGUGGUCGCCGCCCCUUUGGAGAUUUAACAAAUGUCCUUGGCAAGCGCCCAGCCCCAUCGAAUUUGGAGAAAAGUGCAGGUGGAAUCAAGAUUGUCCGGGUUGAAAAGGCUGUUGAGCCAAGAAAAGAGUUUGAUGAAACUGCAAAAGCAAGUGGUGGAGCGACACGAAACACAUUGCCCCUUUUUGAUAGUAUUGCCAAAGAGAAUUUAAUGAGGCCCUCAAUUUUUCGGGAAACUAAGAUGCAGCACAUGGCUGCUGAGGCAGCUGUGUUGCUAUCCAAGGAAUCCGAUGACAUGAGGAGUUGUGCCAUGUCAUUAGGCUCAUCUGGCUUGCAUGAUAAGGAGCAGGAGUCUUCGCUGGAAUCAGAAGGUGGCUGUGAAGAAGAUGAUGAUGAUGACAUGGAUAGUGAAUACUUGGCAUAUACCAGAGAUAGUACUAAAACGGCAACUAAUGAUGGUGAAUGUCUUACUCAAGAGGAGAUGGCUGGAUCAUCAGGGAAUCAGAAGCCACUAUCUUCACUGGACUUCACAACAGGUUGUGAUGACAUGCCAUGUUCCGAUGUCCAUCACCAUUCACUGGGAAAUAGUGAACUGGAAAAUGACGAUACCACUAAGUCGUGUGCUUGUUCUUUCUGUCUUAAGGCUGCAUUCAUGUGGACCGAUCUCCAUUAUCAGGACACAAGGGGACGGCUUGCUGCAUUGAAGAAGAGCAUAAAGUUCGCUAGAUUGCUGGGCAAGAGAAGCCAAGGAGAUGAAUAUUCUGUUAAUGCAGGCAGAUACAACUUGAAACGGGCUGCAGAGAUGGAGUUUGAGCUAUAUCAACAGCAAAGAUCACUCUUCCUUCAUACAGAAAAUGUCCUUAUCCGUGAGAGCGCACAGCUUCAUUCAUCUCUUGUGAAGUUAAAGGAAUUCAGAGAGAACUGCAAGACAGAUCUCGAGACGGCUAGCAGUUCGUUGUUGGGAAAAUGAAUCUUUCAUGGUUGUGCUGUUAAACUGCUUUUGCCUGGGAUUCUUCAGAUCAGCUGGGCCAGUUUGAGUCAAGUUGUGCAUUGAGAUUGGUUGAUUGCUAGGAAGAUUAGUGGUUAUUGCCAGUCAGGAAGUUUGGUUAUAGUGAUGGUACUACCUAUAUGCAGUGUUCAGCAUCUUUGUUUGUAAAAAUCGUGUGGGAAGGUCGGAACUCCAAGUUAGCGACAUGAUUCUCCUCAGUUGUAACUGGCAGUUAGCUUGCGCCAUGUGGUAUCUGUAUGUUGUUUCCUGCUCCCAAGCAUAAUGGUGGAAGAACGAUGAUUUGACUUCUUUUUUUUUCUUGCUUGCCGCCCCUCAAUGUUCAGGUCUGUUUGCUUACACUGGCUAACAUGUAGUAAGUACUCUGCAGAUUUGCUGUUACUACGUGUACUAUCCUUGACUUGCGUGAGCCGGCCGAUGCCUGUAUCGCUGUAACCACAAGCAUUGUCAAGGAUUUUCAAUCUGAUCUUUAACAUUCU